GAAUAAUAUGGAAGAAUAAACAGAGCAAAAUAGGAACAAAAGCAAUCACUCUCUCAUCUGGACAAAGAAGCGAAAACGAAGAACCAGACUAGAGAUUAGAGAAGACUAGAAGAGGGUUUUCUGACUUUUGUCGUCGUCAAGCUUGGCUUUUGGUUAAUAGCAAUAUUUUUAUUGUGAAAUAGGAAUAAAAAAAGAUGUUUAAGAACAUAUUCCAAUCUGGGUUACUCUCCAUUCUCUACUCUCUGGGGAGCAAACCUUUGCAGAUUUGGGAUAAAGAAGUUUCUGAUGGCCAUAUUAAACGUCCUCAUGAUGAGGACAUACAGUCUGAUGUGCUGGAGAUAGUUGGAUCAAAUAUUCAGUCGACAUACAUCACCUGUCCAGCAGACCCAAAUGCAACACUUGGUAUUAAACUACCAUUCCUGGUUAUAAUCGUAAAGAAUCUGAAGAAAUAUUUUACAUUUGAGAUUCAAGUUCUCGAUGAUAAGAAUGUCAGGCGACGUUUCCGAGCUUCGAAUUUUCAAGCUGUGACUCGUGUGAAGCCGUAUAUCUGCACCAUGCCGCUAAGAAUGGAUGAGGGCUGGAAUCAAAUACAGUUUAAUCUGGCUGAUUUUACCAGGAGAGCUUAUGGAACAAACUAUGUCGAGACGUUGCGAGUUCAGGUUCAUGCAAACUGCCGUCUGAGGCGCAUAUAUUUUUCUGAACGCAUGUGUUCGGAGGAGGAACUUCCCCCAGAAUUCAAGCUGUACCUUCCAAUGCAGCAGCAGAAAGCAUGAUAUGGUUUUGAAUUGUGUGAGCUUUUAGAGAAGGAUUUCAACUUUGGAGACCAGGAGCUUGAUUAUGACAUAUAAUCUUUUAAGAGUACAUGUAUUGAUUUACAUAUCCUUUGGUAGUUCUAGUAUAUCAAAAGAUUUUCAAUUCUGAUGGAGCUUCAUAGUUCAUGGUAGAUUCGAAACUUCAUCUGUAUGGAAUGGUUUACAUUUUACAAGAUUCCAAACUUCAUUAUUUUACAUGUUUUUGUGCUUCGAA